GCACAUCGUCAACGCAUUUCUGGCCUCUCUCCAUCAAAGACCCAAAACAAAGAAGGAACAUACAAAAAAAGGAGAGAAGAAGAAGGCAGCGAAAGAUCGAGAAAAUCAGGCUCUUUCCCCCGAAAUCUUGUCGAGAUGAAUGUCUUCAGGCUCGCUGGGGACAUGACCCAUCUCCUCAGCAUCAUCCUCCUCCUCAUGAAGAUCCGUACAAUGAAAUCCUGUGCAGGCAUAUCGCUCAAAACACAAGAACUAUAUGUUAUAGUAUUCAUCACUCGGUAUCUUGACUUAUUCACAAAGUACUUCUCCUUCUACAACACAGUAAUGAAGCUUGUUUUCUUGGCUACUUCAAUUACUAUUGUGUGGUAUAUGAGGUAUCAUAAGGUUGUUCGGCAGACAUAUAACAAGGAUGAAGAUACUUUUCGGCAUUUUCUUCUUGUCCUCCCAUGCCUUGUGCUGGCUCUCGUGAUACACCGUUCUUUCACUACAACUGAGGUUUUGUGGACGUUUUCGCUGUAUCUUGAAGCAGUUGCAAUCUUACCCCAAUUGGUGUUGCUACAGAGGUCAAGAAACAUUGACAACUUGACUGAAAAUUAUGUUUUCCUGCUUGGGGCUUACCGGGCACUGUAUUUAGUUAACUGGGUUUAUCGUUUCUUCGCGGAGAAGCGCCAGACCCGUUGGAUACCUUGGAUAUCAGGCAUUAUUCAGACAGCUCUAUACGCAGAUUUCUUCUAUUACUACAUAAAGAGCUGGAAAAACCGGGAGAAGUUCAGGCUUCCCGAGUAAAGAGGAACUUUUUUCAUCACGAUUACUAACAGCGAUGUGUUUUUGGCGGCAGCUGAUUGAGAUGGUCAGAUCCUUCUGAGGUCAUGUAUCUUAAUCUGUUUGAUCUAAUUACUAUAGUGAUGCUAGUAAUAUGCUAAGGUAGUUAUCUCAUAUUUACAUUUUAUGUCUUAUUACCAUAUGCAUUGUGAUUGCAAAUGCAUGUGCCGUUCAGUGUCACUCAUGUCUAAUAAGGUGGUCAUGGUGUCUGUCCGGUACAAAAAAUAGGUAUGUGUAAUUUGCAGUGAUGUAUUUCUAGGACUUGCUGAAAACUCUCGUAUCACAACUUAUGGUUAAUGCC